UAUUCACGGUCCGGCCUGGCCGUUAAUAGCAAUUAUCAUGCUGACUAUAUAACUCGACAGGGGGUCAGGUUCCGGCUGCAAUUGACCCUAUUGACGUGGACUCCGUCGCCAACGAGAGAAGUAUACAAUGCGCAUCGGAGUUUUAAUUUUUGUGGUCUGCCUGCAGGUAUACAGUGCUUUCGUCGUAUUUCCCCUUCUAACGGAAGUCAAAAGUAGACUUCUAAAUUCUACUGCAAACGAUAUCAAGAAGAGCAUUUCCAUGGUUUUUAAAAUGGGAUCACUAAUGGAGAUUUUCGGGGACAGUCGGCAGGGAAAUGCGUCCUCGGACAAUAUAACUGACCAAUUUAAGGCUGGCUUAGCGUUCCUGCCGAAAUAAUCAAAUGAAAGCGCUGGUGUAUCAUCCGUUCAUUAAAAACCAGCUUUGCUAAGCGAGACCUCUCUUCGAUCUACAAAAACA